UGAUAAUUUUUAUCUUUAUAAGUGACCCACAAUUUGGUUACUGGUGCAGUGAGAAAUUAAGAAAAUAGCACACUUUUAUGACUGUCAUUUCACAGUCACUCAAAUCAGAACUGGAAUGCCACAAAAACAACUCCCUGUUAGCCCAGAGAAGAGAGAAAAAGAAAGAAAGUAAAGGGGAAAUUCAGAUUAGUCACAAAGAAGUUCCCCGCCUGCCUGCAAAGCGACAGCAUUAAAACUGAGAGAGUCCGCUCUGCUCUUUCAAUCGCCUCUUAUCUCUGGUCCUGGUACCUCCGAGGACUGGCCGAUUGAUGCUCCUGGGUCUUCACCCCCUUCUUGGGAGGGGAGAGGCCAGCUCUCCCUCGGAUUUCCUUUCCUGCCUCCAGACUGUGAAGAUGGAAGGGGGCCAAGCCCUGGGUGAGCGUGUGAGAAACACACCAGGGCUGCGAUUCCCCGCGAACAAGCUGCUGCUGGUGGCCUCCGUGGUCCAGGGGCUGGGACUGCUCCUGUGUCUCACCUACAUCUGCUUGCACUUCUACGCUCCUCAGGUGCCGCCUCAGUACCCUCCAAUUCAGAGCAUCAGAGCACAGUUUACCAGGUGUGACAACGAGAAAGGCUUCAUCCUCACAUCCCCAAGCAAGGAGGAAACCAUGAAGGUGCAGGACAACUCGAUCCCCAUCACAUGCGACGGGUUUUAUCUCAUUUCCCUGAAGGGCUUCUUCUCCCAGGAGCUCAGCCUGGGCCUUCAUUACCGGAAAAACCGGCAACCGCUCUUCAACCUAAGCAAGGUCACGUUCGUUGACUCCAUCACCGUGGCCUUUCUGGGUUUCAAGGACAAAGUCUACUUGAAUGUGACCACUCACAAUACCUCCUGUGCAGACAUCCAGGUGAACGGUGGGGAGUUAAUUCUCAUUCAUCAAAAUCCUGAUGGGUUCUGUGCCGAAUGA